AUGGCGGAAGGAAACCUUGUGGGCGUUGUUGAUCGGAUUCAACGAUUGUUGGAGUGUUUAGAUUUGAAGGAUAUUACAGAAAAACAGAGACUUGAUGAGAUUAAGAAAGAUUUUUCAAUGCUACGAGGUUCAUUUGAUGAUGCAGAGUUGAAGAAGAAGCUUUAUAGUGAUAAGUUACUAUUAAAAGAUUCACUUGCUGAUGUUGAUGACUUACUCACAAAAAUGUUGGCACUCACUUGGAGAACACGCCACGUGUCAGCACCCAAAAAGCUAAUCAUGAUGAUGAAGAUGAUGAUGAAUACCACCACUACUUUCUUCAACUCAAUCUCUUCCAAAAUGGACAACGCCAUGCAAAUCGUGAAACAGCUACAAAACUCAUCGGUUCCAGAGGCAGAGGCAGAGGCAGAGGAAGAGCAGAGAGGAAAUGUUGGUGGAGAAAUUAUAGUUGUGGGGAGGGAUCAUCACCUAGCACAAAUCACAGAAAAGUUGUUGAAGAAGGAUGAUGAUGAUGUUGAAGACAAGAAUUUAAUGGUGAUUCCAAUUGUGGGUAUUGGAGGAGUAGGCAAAACAAUAAUUGCUAUGCUCAUUUGUGAUGACCAAAGGGUAAAAUCACAUUUUGAUCUUACAAUUUGGGUGUCUCUUGGUGUUGCCUUUGAUGUAAAAGCCAUUAUGAAACAAAUUAUUUCAUUUAUAACACAUAAUUACCCAACUAUCUCUGAUUUUAAGGAACUGCAAGCUCUUGUUUUUUCAGAAAUAAGGCGAAAGCGAUUUCUCCUUGUUCUUGAUGAUGUCCCGCCCAAUGUUGAUGAACAAUCAUGGAAGGUGCUAACAAGUGAGAUACUAUCAGCUGGUGCAAAUGGAAGUAGAAUUAUUGUAACUACUCGUCAUACAAAGGUUGCAGAGAUUACUGGUAAGAACCAACUAUAUCACUUAGAGGAGCUACAUGAAAAGGAAGCUUGGUUACUAUUCCAAAAAGUGGCCGUGAGAGAAGAAGAAGAACUAACUGACCCGGAAAUGAUUGAGAUUGGACAAGGAAUUGCGAAAAGAUGCCGCGGAAUCCCUUUCCUCAUAACAGCAAUAGGAAGCUUAUUGCGUAUUAAGAAAACAAAACAAGAGUGGAAAUUGUUUUUUGAUGAGUUUUCAAUGAUAAUAGAGACUGAAAAUAAUGCAUUGGCAAUUCUUCAGUUGAGCUAUGAUCAUUUACCAUUUGCUUUGAAAGAUUGUUUUGCUUAUUGUGCAAUUUUCCCAAAAGAUUAUGAGAUUGAUGUAGACACACUCAUAACUUUGUGGAUGUCACAGGGGUUUAUUGUUAUUACUGAGUCAGAUCAAGAUCAGGACAAUAAUGAACAACAAGAUCUUGAGAGAUUGGGUUAUAAGUAUUUUGUGGAUUUACAUGGAAGAUGUUUCUUUCAUGAAAUUGAGCAAGAUGAGUUGGGUUACAUAAAAAAAUGCAGAAUGCCUAACUUAAUGCAUGAUCUUGCUAAACAAAUAGCUGGGAAAGCUUAUGCUACUUUAAUCUUAAAGGAAGAUAGAAUUGAUGAUGCAACACUUGUUCGACAUGUAUCAUUUGAUUUUCAUUUAGAUUCAUCAUGGCAGAUUUCAAUCCCAUCUUCUGACUUGAAAAGGAUUCGAAGUCUGUUUUUGCCUUGGCAAUAUCAGCGGGCAAUUGAAGGCGGAUCAAGUCAGUCUAUUUGUGAUGUAAUUCCAAAAUUCGAGUGGCUUCGAAUGUUGGAUUUGCAUAACACAGGCAUCAAGAAAUUACCUGAUUCUAUUAGUGAGUUGAAGCUUUUGUGUUAUUUGGAUCUGUCUCAAAAUGGUGAUAUUAAGGCAUUGCCAAAGUCUAUUUGUGGGCUAUAUUUUCUGCAGACUUUGAAACUCAACCACUGCAGUAAUCUUCAAACACUUCCCAGAGGCAUUACGAGGUUAUUUAAUCUGAGACAUCUCGAAAACAAAUCAUGUCAUUGUUUAACUCGGAUGCCAAGAGGACUAAGUCAGCUAUCAAAUCUUCGAACAUUGUCAGAAUUCGGGCUGAGUAAGGACAACCCCUCAAAGCCAAAAGGAAAGCUCGACGAACUAAGUUGUCUAAACUACUUGAGAGGAGAGAUCAAAAUAAAAAAUUUGAGAAAUCCCAAAGAUGAUAAGACAGCAGCAGCAAACAUGAAAGGAAAAAAAGAUGUUUUAUCUUUGAUUUUGAUUUGGGAUAUUAACUCUUCUGUUAAUGAAGCUGAUUGUGAAGAAGCACUAGAAGAUCUUGAGCCACAUCCAAACUUGAGAGAGCUGUCAAUAUCUACUUAUGGUGGUAGCAAGUUUUCGAGUUGGCUUCCAUUGCUUAAAAAUCUAGUGAAAUUAUCAAUAUCGAGAUGCAACAGAUGCCAUUGCCUACCGCGGCUGGAUCAGUUGACUAAUCUUCAAGUAUUGGUAGUAGAUGAGUUGAUGAAUCUGGAAUACAUUAUGGAUGAAACACCAUCAUCAACAACAACAUGGUUUUCAUCAUUGAAAGAGCUGAGACUUACUAAUUUGCCACAACUAAAGGGAUGGUGUAAAGAUAACUCAUGUGAAAAUGCUACAUUUAGUUGUCUUUCUAGAUUGGUGGUUGAAGAUUGUCCUUGUCUUACUUCCAUGCCUCUGUUUCCAUGUUUAGAAGAACUACUAGUGCUCAAAAACACAAGUUGGGAGCCAUUCAAACGAACUGUGACAACAGCAAUAGAAGAGAAAAGAGCUCUAACAUCUCAAUUGGAAGUGUCAUCAUCAUCACCAAUGUCGUCAUCAUCACCAAUGUCGUCAUCAUCACCAUUGUGGUCAUCAUCACCAUCUAGUACUCUCACCAAGAGCAAGUCACGGAGAAGCCCUCGCCGAACAAAGUCAUUAAAUAUGAAACCAAAAUCACCUUCUUUUAAAAAAGUUUCUCGGUUUCAUGUUUCUCGACCAAAACCAAUUUCUUCCACAGUUGCUCUUGACUCCACAUUGAAGACACCAGUUCCAACUCCACAGAAUAUUUCAUCAUCAACAACAACAACAGCAAUAGUCACUCCUCUCUCGAAAUUGAGGACACUACAUAUCAUUGACAUGCCCAAUUCUGAUCCAAAUAUGUGGAAGUCCCUUCACAGCCUCCGUUCUGUGACAUUGGAUAAUGUUGCUGACAUAAAUGAUUAUCUUAAAGGAGGACUUAGACAAGUGACCAGCCUGCAACAACUCCAUAUUUUGCGCUGUUAUAAUUUAGUGGAAAUCGAAACUUGGAUAGAUGACUUCAAAACUCUCAGCAAAAUUUCAAUCAAAUUAUGUCCCCAGUUAAGAAUACCACAUGAUAGAAUUGACCUCAUCACUUCCUCAAAUGUGAAGGUUGAGCACUGCCCUCGAGUUACUCACAUUGAAAGAGUACUUCAAGAUCAGUUACAUAUGGUAGUUUGA